GGGUUCCAGGUACCUUUGGCGUGCCAGCCCACUAAUGCCACCGUAAGUUAAAGUAACCUGAAAGGUGGACAGUUCUAUGAACGGGAAGGACCAGACGCCUACCCUCCCGUAUCUUGGAUGCGUUGAUGAUGCCUACCUAGUAGUACUAGCAGGAACACAUACCCCAGUAGCUACCUACCUAUGCGUCCUGCCAAGCAGCAGUAUUACUCCCGAGCCGUAGGUAUGCCAGCGCCCGCACAUGCCCUGUUUCCAGCCCGGCCUCUCUUCUGCAACUCGUACAUAGGUGCCCGACUCGUCUCAGCUUUCUCUCAGCCCGGCUUCAGCGGCAGAGGGCCUGACCGAACUAUCGGACAACUCACUGCAGCCCAUGCUCCCGCCAGCAAACCGCGGUCACGAUCGGCACGAAUCGACCCCCGUUCACCCGCACCGUGAGUGGACAGUCCCUUUGCGACGUCGCUGACAGCUGCUGGCGACCGCGACUAGCCUGGGGGGCCGGU